AUGAACCGUGCUGUGUUCGGCGUCAACGGUUACCUCGGCACCGUUUCAGAGACUGAACGUCCGAGUAGAGCCCCACGUAGCCGCGAGGUCGACCAAGACCAAACUAGUCUCGUGGGCUUCACUCGGAGCACACGAGACUAUUCACGUCCACCACAGUAUAGCUCGUACGAUUCGUACGGCGGUCAUACCACGGCGGCAAUGGCCCAAUACCCUGAGCUGGCAGCACAGGUAUAUUUCCCGCCGCCAGCGGCUCCAGCAGAUCCCUAUCAUCCGGCGGUGCACCAUCACCACGCAGUACAUCAUCUAAGCGCCUAUACCGACCCGCGAACACCGCCGCUACACGAUGGUCCUGGUCAGUUGGAAGCGCCAACACAGCCAUCCAGUUUAAGCUACACAAAUCUCGACCAACAGCGGGCAGCAGCCGCAGCGGCAGCUGCUGCAGGUUAUGCGCGAAUUUCCACGCCAACGUACAAUAACGGUUCGUCAUCAGGAUAUAGUUCGCCAGGCGCAUCUCCCAGCCCCACACAUCCCGCCGCCUCAAAUUUCUAUCGGGAGUACCACACACAUUCGCCAACAACGACAACAACGUCCGGAGCAGCUGCAGGGGUGACAGGCGGCGGCGGAGGUGGCGGAGGGGGCGGUGGCGGGGUGCAUGAAGGAGCUGGUGGUGCGGGCCGUGGAACAGCAGUUGUUGGCGAACUGGCCGAUCAAAAGCCGCCCAUUGGAUUGCCACCUUCGCCCACGCACUCCGCUUACCCUUAUCUCGAGCUUGGCGCCGGCAUGGGCAGCCAUGGGCGACAAAACAGCGUGUGCCGCCAAUCGUAUAUGAUGGGCGGCUACCCAAUGAGUGUUGGCGGGGACUACGAUCUGAUGCGUAUGGACCCUCUGUACGGUGGCAUGGGCGACGCGAUGGGCGCGAUUGGCUCAAUGGGCGGAAUGGGCUCGAUGGGGGCGCCCUAUCAGGGCGCAGUGGGUGCAGGAUCGAUCAACCCAGCGACAGUGAAAUGUGCGACGAACGCUGCACCGGUCCCCACAUAUAAAUGGAUGCAAGUCAAGAGGAACGUUCCGAAACCCGCUCCCAAGCCGGUGGACUACUGCGGCGGCGGAGGCUUUGGGCCCGGCAGCGGCGGCGUGGGGAGCGUGGGGGGCGCCAUGGGCGUCCCCGGCGCUCCCGGAGGCGCCGGGGGGACCCAGGGGGGAGCCGCGGGAGGCGCGGGGACGGGCAGAACGAACUUCACGACCAAGCAGCUGACCGAGCUCGAAAAGGAGUUCCACUUCAAUAAGUACCUGACCCGAGCGCGCCGCAUCGAAAUCGCCACCGCCCUGCAACUCAACGAAACCCAGGUGAAGAUUUGGUUCCAGAAUCGCCGUAUGAGGCAGAAGAAGCGAAUGAAGGAAGGUCUGAUCCCGCCCGGAGCUGCGUCGAGCCAGCAAACACUAACUCUGGCAAGUGGGCAAGAGCUGCAGCCUGGCCAAACGGACCUGGGACUUAUUGCGGGGCAGCACCAAAUUUUGGCUCAGACCUCCCCUCAUCAUCCUGGCAAUAUCAACAAGCUGUCGCCUCCCUCGCCUCUUAAGGACAGUCAAUAAAUGCUCUUCAUCCAUAUAUUUCACUCAGUCAAUGAAGUGAUGUCAUCAUGUCAUCUGGGAAGGUCGUCUAGACAUACUCAACGUCUGGCAGACGGCGACGUCACUGGAGCUUGAUUUCCGCUCCAUUAUCUCCUUGAAAACCGGUCAGGACAUCAAAAUAUGACACUAGAACAAACGAAAUUAUCCGAAAGCAUUGUAACUACCGUCAUCUCCAGAGGUUAUCUUCGCCAACGAAAUUCUCGUUGCAACGUCUGUAGCAGGACAAUUGAGAAGUAAGAAAUCAUACCUUUUGGAUGAUUAUUAACGGCAAGGACUCUUAAACCAAUAAAACUUUAUUGACGAUCAACUGCUGUUUGGCGAAUUGAGAACACCAAGGAGAAUGAAUGAAUGAAUGAAAACUAGGAUAUUUUGUUUUAAUUGUGAAUUUUAAAAAAACACUUGUAAGACAUUGCUGUUCGUCGACGUGGUGGCUGGGAUCCAACUGAACAACGGUGCUUCUUGAGUUUCCGGGUCGGGAAAGGGGACUGGCGCCAAAGUCGGCCAUCAGGUUGGCGACAACGUGUCUCCCUCUUGUUUGUGGUGACCCUGUCGCUUAUGACCUGCUCGGCCGCGUUUGGGCGAGCCUGUCCCUUAGGCAGGGUUUAUCCCUCAGACCUUUCCAUGUGAUAUAUUCAUUGAAAUAGGAGUGUGUAUGUAUACUGAGGCAAAGCCGUUACAACGUUUUGACGUGAACGAAUGUUAACAAGCUCGCCGGCGAUGUGUUAUAUUUGCAUCGUUUGUUAAUGCUGAAUUCCGGAAAUUUGGGGUAUCGGCGUUGCCCAGCGUCAACCAAUCCUGUAAAGAAAAUUGUGUAAAGCCAAUUAUUAUAAUGACAUAUUAUUAUUUGAUAAAGAACGAUUUACUAUUGAUAAUUCAUUAUUUUACCAUUAAGUCGGGUACGUGCGUAUAGAUGUGAGCGUGCGCAAUUAUCUCGGCUAAUUGAACCACUUCUGAGGUACAACUUCAUCACUUAUCUUUGUGCAUCUCCGGUUUCCCUUUUUCAUGAGAUUUUGAAUCCAGUGAGCCUACCUUCAUGUCAAAAGUUAGCUAAACAUAGUGUCCUUUCACAGCAUAAAUGGUUGCAUUUAUGUGUAGUAUGCAAUAAUACAUGAAUAAGGUAAAUAUAGGUUUACCCGAAGAAACCAUAUCAGGUCUUCCAGUAAGCUCGUAGGGUCAUGUAACUUCCACUGUCUAAUAAUUUAAGUGUGCGUUGCGCAUUUUUUAUACCAGCCUUGACCCUAUGCAUUAUUAUUUUCAAGCUAUCAUAAAAUCGUAGGUUGCAUACUAAUCAAGGAACUUUGAGCACAAAAAUAAUUUUAUAGAGUUUCUGUACUACUCAAUCAUUUGCUGUGAUAAACGCUUAUUGCGUUCUCAAUUGAAUUGGCCAAUAAUCACCCCUAUUUAGGGCGUCAGCCUAACCUAGUUUUUUUUUUUUACAAAACUUCGUUAAAAUGUACAAAUUAUAUGGAUUUUCAACAGGCUAGGUCCUUAGCAAAAGCCUGUGUAUUACCUUACAGGAACUGAUAAAUCUCUGUUUCAAAAAUAUAUUUUGCUUUUCUCUAUGUAAGAAAAAGAGGGAAACGCUGGGAUCCAUGGUUUGGCUCAUCUGUUGAUGUCCGAGGAUCCGACUGUCAAACGAGCAUACACGUUUAGAUCAUUCAAAAUCCAGGAGAAACUGGAGACGAAAGGAUAAAUGAACUGUUGUGCCCACCUGGUCGUCAUAUAUUAAUUACUAGUCAUCCACCCACCCUUCCAUUCAACCAACUCCGCGGGCAGCUAGCCAGCUAACAGAGUUCGCGCUGGAGGCCGUUCAAAACAUACCGGCCUUACAUAAAAGAUGUGUGCACAGACUCCUCCAUAGACUUUCAAUAAAGUAAAGUCGAGCCUCUGAUCGACGGUUGUGCGUAUAUUGACUCAGCGGUCCUCGCCUCUUUUUUAAUGGGUGGGUCAUUUAGUGUAUAACCAUCGAGCUGGUAACAAGCGGUGGUAGUCUGAAUUGGAGGUGCCGUUCCAGCGUCCACUGUGUAGGCCCCUUAGCCGUCGUUGCGUGGUAACCACAUUGAGGCAGUUUGUAAAGAGAUAGGAUUGGAUGGAGGUGGUGAACAGUGGUGGCUGUCGUUGGUAGUGGUGGAUAGUAAAGCGGCGCGCGCACGCACGCCCGCGGCAACUAAGUUAUUAUACCUGUGUCAUGAAAAUGGCAAGAGCUGAGAUGGCGACAGGAUGACGUCGCAUUGUGUUUACGCCGCUGUUUUCGUUUAUCUGUCCAUCUAUUAACGUGGUGCGAUCUGAGGGCCGGCGAAGCUUACCUAUGUUUAGUUCCUCGAAUAUUUGCUCCGUUCUGGGGAGGGGGCUGGCUUCGUCGGAAGAAUGGAGAUAACGCAUAUGGAUAAUAACGGGAAUGUAAAACAUCUUGUAAGAUACAAAUACACUCGGUUCUAAUUGUAAAUGUACGAUCUGUAGGUAUAUUAACAAUGACGGCGACGAAACAGAGAACGAAUUAAAUAACUAUGCGACUUGAGUAAUUAAAUGAUAGACACAAACAUAUAUAUACUACCCAGGGUAGGAUCCCGUAUAGUCAAAUAAAGCCCGCGACGAAUAACACGAUGUAUAUGGGAUGGAAGAUGCCUGACUCAAACUUUAACCAGCCGAGAACAACUGCGAAGGAAGCAUGGCAUAAUUAUUACUGGGAACGGUAGACAACUAAUACGGUGAAUGACAUUAAAGGAGCGAAAGCGGUUCGCCCGACGGUGAAACUGGGCGUCAACACCUGUUCCUCGUUGAGUGCAAUCGGCCCGUCGUCUUUUUGGCAAUCGGAGGUAUAAGCUGGUCAGCGUUAACUUACAGAUUAUAUUACCGGAUCAUGAUGCGGACAGAUAUGGACACUGAGCCGAGUAUAGACCUAACGAGCCAACGGCGGGCGUCGCAUGCAGGGUAUUUUGGUUGCGAUUGUAGGACUGAACAGGCGCAUACGCUGCACACCUCCAUCGCUUGACUUUCGAUUUACGACCGUAACAAAAUAAUUUUAAUCCACAAAUCUAAAUUGACCCAGUCAACUCUGUACGAAGUUUACUGACGCAAAAAACACAGUGUGAAGAUGGAGGUGAGUGGCGAUGGCCCGUCACAUCCGUCAAGUGGAUCUAAUAGUCCUCAUGACAACUUCUUUUUUUAAACAUUUACUUUUGACAACCUCUAAGCUUAAGUGUGAACGAUAUAUUAUUAUCGAUAGCGAAGAUUCUUCUACAUUGACGCUCGAUAGAAGAUACCGUGAGAGAAAGUAGAUGUGAGAUAGACGGCGGGAGAAAAGGGGCGACGAUUACGCUGACGAUACGAAUAGUUAUAAUGGUGAAUAUAAUUAAUAAUAGUAACAGCAGCAGCAACAACAACAACAAUACUGAUGAUGCAUUGGUAAUAUUAUGUCGCCGUUGAUAAAGUGGGUAAGCUAAUACACGGCAACCGUUCGACGACAUUCACCCAGAUCGCGUCACCCUUAGACAGUGAUCAGAAAUGAUCGAGGUGGCCGGUAGCCGAUGGUCUCUGCUUGCUGGCCUUUGAAAUGGUCGAUAGUGGCAAUCCACCCUCAUCAGCGGUGUCAACCUGUAUAUAAGCCUGCGGACGAUACUACAUGAAAAGGCACACACGCCGGACACAUCAGACCUAAGAGGUACAUCCACGCCCACAUACGGAUAGAAUACUGAAGGUGAUGUGCGUAAGAUCAUAUGUAAGGAACACGCGGAUGAACGAACAAGGUCAAGCUGCUGACUGCUUGAGUGAGGCACGGGGCCUCGCCUUCUAAUUCUUUGAGUGCUAAUUCUUUUUCCAAUAGAAAUGGCGAACGUAUGACAAAAUACAAAUAGAUUUUACUUGUCUAAAAAUAAAGGUGAGCAAGCGCUAUAUAUAUAACAGAUGGCGAACGAAUUUGAGCUGAGACCGAGGAGUGAAACGACCAUUUAUUAUUAGUAUGUGUUAUUAGUCUGAGUUCAUCGUUCCUCGCUCGCGUCCACCUAAUGUCGACGGACGUAGGUCAAAAAAUCAGACGGCAGAAACCGCUGACUGGAAAGAGCGGGCUUCAUCUCGGAUCAUACUACAGGGUACGUCAUUGUGUUAAGAAUAUUAUGAAUUAACGAUGAUAUAGGUGCAGCAGCAACAGCCGGUAAAGUAGUACAGUAAAUAACAUAGAUACAACAGCAAGAAAGAGCAAGGGCGAUUCGGAUGAUGAUUUUAAAGCAACGAACAGGCACUUACAUAAAAAGAGCUCGACUAUAUAUAGCUCGUGUGACACAGACUCAUUACACAACGAAGUUCCCGCUAUAAUAUAUUCAUGAUUAUUAAUACUAUCGGCGGCAUUAACUAAUUAUUAUGAAUUAGCCCCGGGGGCGCAACGCGAACCGAAGCCGGAAACCAAAUUGCUCACUCAAUUUUACGGAAACGAAUUCUGUAACUUUGUAACAGCAGGUUAUCGUUAGAAGUACUAGAAUAAAAAAAUUAAGGCAGGUGUAGUACGCGGGCGAAUGAAAAGCAACGAUAUAUGCCAAGUGGCAAAAAAAGAUUUGGCUAUAGGCGUUAUGAAAAACAAGGUAGGAUAGUCGCCAAAAAUCAGGUAAGCGAUGAUAAGUAUAUAUAGUAUACCAAAACAGAUACAGCAAUGGAUAUCGACUAAAUGAGUAAUUCACUGGUAUGAUGUAAUACAAUGGCAAACAGGGACAAUUUAAUCAUAUGAAAGUUAGCGAACAAAUAAAACUCCAUCUGUUAACUUAAUGUAACCCUAACUAACGCUGACAAUAAAAAACAUAAACCGUAGAGAAUCACCGUUACUCUAGCUGAGGUAAAUACCCGUGACACGAGGAAAAGUAAAACAAUAGGGAAAUAUUCAAAUAAUAAGGAAAUCACACAAGUAUCAAUCAGAUAACGAAAGGUGAAAACAGGAGUCUGACAGAUGCUGCUUAUAAGAUGCUCUCCAGAAGUACGGUAAAUAAAAAGCACA